UGGAGUGAGUGAGGGAGUGAGUGGAUCGAUGCGCAGAUGAAGGAACAGAAAAACAGGCUCGAGUCUGGUUGCAGGUUCAGUGUCACUGCAUUGUUCUUCUCUGAAUCGUGAGCGGCGUCUCAAAACCAGAACGGACCAGGCGUGUUCAGCAAAUGGAGAAGAAACUAAACAGGAACGUUUGACGUUAACGCGAGCCAGAGUGCGAGUGCAAAGAAGUGCAAUAAAGACACACUGCCUGAAGAUGGAAGAAAGUUUGUUUGGGAAGAUGCAGGGAAUCCCAACAAGCGACCUCUCAUCCCCACUCAUUCAGUAUUCUUGUGGAUCAGUGGAUUUGGUGUUGAAAAAGAAAACCUCGCUUCUUCCCAGAUCAUGUCAGAGCCACAUUGUUGGGAAGUCCUGCCAGCCCGCUUCAGCUGCACAGAGAAAGCCAACAUCACAGAGACCUCAAGUGCCCCCUAAGCCCCCACAUCUGCGGACUCCACGGCAGGACCACAGCAAGUGGCCACAGCAGAUCCCUCCAGCGCCUUGUCGCCCUCUCCCAGUCCCUCCACCCAAACCCAAAACACUCGCAUCCAAGCCGGAGAAACAUCCGGCCAAGAGUGUGUGCUUCCUCAUUGAGAAGUUUGAAAACUCCAGGGCCCCAAUUCUGGGAGUCCAACCCAAAAGUGCCUUCCAUUUACACCUGAGAAUGGAAGCUCCAGCUCCAGAAAUCACACAACCGCCGCAGUUUAAUGAGUCAGAGCUGCAUGUCUCUGGGAACAUGUUGCUCAUGGAUGAAAUUUCCCUUACAAAGGAUAUAGAAAUGCCAGCUUUAGACUGUUUAAGAAUAGACUGUGUCAGUGACACUGGCAGUCAAGACAAACUUGAUCAACAGUCCCACAGUGGAGAUUUGGACAUUAACCACAGUGGUUCCGACAACAUCCACAACGAUGCAGAGAAUACGGUUAAAGACGUGGACCAUAACAAUAUUGACGCGGGACACAAUGUUGGCGGUUUAAUAGGCGGCCCGUGUGCAGGGCAGGUUAGCGAUGUGACGGAAGCUAACGGAAAGAUCCCCAAUCGGGACAGCGGAAUAGACAGCCCGUGCUGCGGAGCCGAGGGGGAGGCGUUUCCAAAUGAGGUCCCCAUUGAAGAGGAAGAACGGAAUGACAGCAUAGCCACAGAAACGGAGAGUGUGUCUUGUGUCACCAUUAGCAAUAAGCGGGACUCAACUCAGGAUGAAGAUAGCGACUUGGAUGAAGGGAGCAGUGAAGAACCAGAAAGCCUGGAAGGCAAAGGUUUGCAGACUGAGUCUCAGAAGCUGUUCAAUAUCGCACAAGAACUCCUCCAUACAGAGGAAGCUUAUGUUAAAAGACUCAACCUGCUAGAUCAGGUGUUCUGUACUAAGUUGACAGAGGCAGGUAUUCCCACAGAUGUGAUUAAUGGGAUCUUCUCAAAUAUCUCCUCCAUCUACCGCUUCCACCAUCAGUUCCUGCUGCCGGAGCUACAGACACGGAUUAAUCAAGAGUGGAACACAACUCCACGUAUAGGUGAUAUCCUGCAGAAGUUGGCGCCGUUUAUGAAGAUGUAUGGGGAAUAUGUCAAAAACUUUGACCCUGCAAUGGAUUUGGUCAACACAUGGAUCCAGAGGUCGACCCAUUUCAAAAGUGUGGUUCAGAACAUCCAGAAACAGGAUGUAUGUGGUAACUUGACAUUGCAACAUCACAUGCUGGAGCCGGUGCAGCGUAUUCCUCGUUACGAGCUCCUCCUUAAAGACUACUUAAAGAAACUGCCCAGCGAAGCACAAGAUAGGAAAGAUGCAGAGAAGGCUCUGGAUUUGAUCUCCACGGCAGCUAACCAUUCUAAUGCUGCUAUUAAGAAGAUGGAGAAGAUGAAUAAGCUGCUGGAGGUGUAUGAACGAUUGGGUGGGGAGGAAGACAUCGUAAAUCCAGCGAAUGAACUUAUCAAAGAGGGUCAUAUAAAGAAGAUGUCUGCCAAAAACGGCACAGCCCAAGACCGAUACCUCUACCUGUUUAAUAACAUGUUGCUGUAUUGCGUGCCCAAGUUGCGACUGAUGGGACAGAAGUUUAGCGUCCGAGAGAGAAUUGACAUAGCAGGCAUGGAGGUUCAGGAGAAUGUAAAACAGAACACGGCUCACACGUUUGCCAUCAUCGGCAAGCAGCGCUCUCUCGAGUUGCAGGCCAGAAAUGCUGAAGAAAAGCAGGAAUGGAUCCAGGUCAUCUUGGCCACAGUAGAUAAGCAAAAACAGAACAGUGAGACAUUUAAUAAAGCCUUCAGCAGCUCCUUAUCCCGUGAUGAUGAGCACGCUCCUGAUUCACCGAGCACAUGGAGUAAUACGUCUCUAGAUUUAGAAGGAGGUGUGAAUGAAAGGAGGAGUUCGAAGAAGCGAGAUAAGGAAAAGGAGACUUGUAAGGGCUGCAAUGAGACUUUUCACUUCACUAAACGCAAACACCACUGCAAGAACUGUGGCGCGGCCGUCUGUGGUAAAUGCUCAAAGGUAUCAGAGGUCAAGAAUAUCCGCAUGUGUAAGCAUUGUUUCGAAAUCCUGCAAGGACCUGAUGGGACACCAGGUGGCAGUGCUGAGCAAAAGAAAAAAACAGCAGUGGAGAAACAGCUCUCCUUGACAGAUGACAGUUGUGUGCUAUGCAGCCAGCUCCAGGUUCAAGAGAAAGGAAAGAACUGGACCAAGACCGUGGUGGCCAUAACAAAAGCAGAGCCACUAAUGCUUUACCUGCAGACUGGCAGCCAGGAUGCACGUGGAGCCCGGACGAUCUCUCUACCUGGUUAUGAGGUCAGUGCGGUGUUAUCACCCUCAGAGAAGUCAGAAGGCAAACAUGUGUUCAGGCUGAGUAACUCCCAGCAUGCAAUGCUCUUCAGUGCUCCAGAUGUAGAGUUAAUGGACAAAUGGGUGGAUCUCCUGUCCUAUGCUGCAAACGGUGUGGCUUCGGAGACAUCAUUAAGCGUGACGGAACACCGUAAGAGCCAAUGAGGACGAGAUAUUAAAGCAACAGAACUUUGUCUUACAGAACUUGCUACUUGAAUUCACGUUAUCCUCAGCACUUUUUGCUUUUUUUAAAUUUUUUUUUUAGUUUGUAGUUCCACUUCACUUUUUGCAUGCUUCUUUCACAAAAGCACAGGAUGCAUUUGUACAGAUAAACAAAAUGCGCCACCUUUUCUGCAACAGUUGUGCUGGUGUGUGGCUGGUUCCUAAAUACACUGUUCCCCUCACCCCCAAAAAACUAUUUUGUAUUAUAAUAGAUAUGGUUGUUAUGGAUUUUUUUUUUAUUAUUAUUAUUGAAUGUUACUUGCUGAAUGUUUUAUGACUUAAAAGGUUAAAAGUUCAUGUAAAUUAUCUGUUUAGCAUUAACUCACAUUUACUUUUGCUAAAAUACUGCCUUUACUGUGUAUUCAUUUUCUUUUCCUCUUUGCUAGCAAACCAUGUUCUGCUCCUGCACCACAUUGUGGCUUUGUAGCCUCUUUUUAAAGUUCAGGAUUAUGAAAGAGGAACCUCCAUUUUAAAUCUAACGAACAAUGGUGGCAGGCCACUACUGUAAUAUCAUCUCAUUAGUAUUGUCUUUUCCCAACUCAGUCAUUUCAUCUGUGUUUCAUUUCGAUUCUACUGUACAUGGCCCUUUAAGCAAUCUGGCAUAAUUGCACCCUUUCAGUACAUCUGCUGUAUUUGUACUGUAUUGUAAGUACUGUAAGCUUAAGUUAUCACUUGUAAGUGAAGCAAAUAAGUCUUGUGAGUCUGAAAAUGGAUCUUAUCAUGCCUGCAGCAUCCCAUAUUUAUAAUUCAUGCUUUUAAAAAACCCUGCCUCCUGAACAUAGAUUUUAACCAACUAACCAAGAUAACUGUGUUCUUUUUUCUUUUUUUUUUUUUUCUUAACCAGAAGUGUUCACAAAAUGAACUGUCUACCUUAUCAUCAGAAUAAAAUAACAUCUGGUUUCCAUCUUUCA